GAUGAUUCGCCUCGCCGAAAAUCGCCUCCUGGACCACAUUUUACCGGCUUUUUAGGGGAAUAAUUUCGCUUACAAAGGCAACAAAUAGCAAAAAUCAUCAAGGAAUAUCAAAAUAAACAAAGUCACUCAUGUUGCAUUAUGCCCACAACAUGUGGCUUUCCAAAUUGUAAGUUCCGUUCCCGAUACCGAGGCUCAGACGACAGCCGUCACUUCUACCGUGUACCCAAGAAGCCCUCCAUACUGCGCGAGAGGUGGCUGAAGGCCAUUGGAAAGACUGAAGAAACACUUGUCAAUCAGGUUAUACCCACACGUGGCUGCUCUAAGUAGUGUGCACACACCCACCAGCACCGGGACAGGAAAAGCUUCGAGUUUGUAGCGGCCAUUUCCACGGAGGAGAGAAAAACGAAGGUGACGUACCCGUGCCUGACCCAAGCGUUGAUCCACCGAUCAAAGUGAGAUUACCAAUCUCCCGUUCUAACCCUGAGAGGAAGCGUUACGCACGAAAGCUGCAUCCCGCCAGGUUUAACGUUACCAACGGGCACAGUUUGCCGAAACCAAAAGAGAUGGCUGGUAGAGGACCAAUACCAAACGGCCCGAUGCAUCCCAGACCUCUGGUUGCCCUGCUCGAUGGCCGAGACUGCUCCGUUGAGAUGCCCAUUCUCAAAGAUGUGGCCACAGUCGCAUUUUGCGAUGCCCAAUCGACGGGUGAAAUACAUGAAAAGGUUUUGACUGAAGCCACAGCUGCCCUUUUGUGGCACACAAUAACACUCAGCAAAGAGGAUUUGGAAAAAUUCAAGAAUUUGCGGGUUGUCGUGCGCAUUGGUAGUGGUUAUGAUAAUGUUGAUGUGAAGGCGGCUGGCGACUUAGGCAUUGCUGUUUGCAAUGUGCCCGGCUUCGGCGUUGAGGAAGUUGCCGACACCACUAUAUGUCUCGUACUCAACCUGUACCGACGGACAUACUGGUUGGCGAAUAUGAUGCGUGAAGGCAAAAAGGUAUCUGGUCCGGAGCAUUUACGAGAGGCGGCAGCAGGUUCGGCAAGGAUCCGUGGAGAUACUUUAGGCAUUGUUGGCCUCGGUCGAGUUGGUACAGCAGUCGCACUCAGAGCAAAGGUGUUUGGUUUCAAUGUUAUCUUCUAUGAUCCAUAUCUUCCAGAUGGCAUAGAAAAGUCAUUAGGCAUCACACGGGUAUACACGCUGCAAGACCUGUUAUUCCAAAGCGACUGUGUGAGCCUUCACUGUAAUCUGAAUGAACACAACCAUCACCUCAUAAAUGACUACACCAUAAAACAGAUGAGGCCAGGUGCGUUCCUGGUGAACACAGCUCGAGGUGGCCUGGUUGAUGAAAUUGCUCUGGCAUCUGCUCUUAAAGAUGGACGUAUUCGUGCUGCAGCUUUAGAUGUGAAUGAAAACGAACCAUUCACUCUUACAACAAGUGCAUUGAAAGAUUGUCCAAGCUUGAUCUGCACUCCACACUCGGCAUUCUUCAGUGACCAGAGCAUGACAGAACUGCGAGAAAUGGCAGCUGGCGAGAUUAGGCGAGCAAUUGUUGGGCGGAUUCCCGACAGCCUACGCAACUGUGUCAACAAGGAGUAUUUUUCAACAAGAAGUGCAGCCCCUCCAUUUCCCGAUAGCGUGAAUGGUUCAGGAGGUGGAGGAUACGGUGCAUUCAAUCCUGUAGGCGUGCAUUCAACCACCAUGGAUACCCACCCCGGCGCUCCACACGUCCCUGCCCAUGGUACACCACACAGCACGCUCGGAGACACGUCCAAUCACUUGCCGAAAGCAGAAAGCUCGUCAUGAGGAUAAUCACAGUGCAAAAAGAGUGGUUGAACUGAUAAUGUGUUGGGAAAGUUGGUCCAUGAAUACGGUGCCCUUGAGUUGGAGGGUUCAUAGUGGAAAAUCUGGCUUUGGAAGUCUGCGCCCAAAAGCUAUUCAGCCUGAAUAUGGUUCAGAAGUGUGGUAAACUCAUCUAUAUUUGCUUUUGGUGGCGUCGAAAUGGACAAUCUGUGUACCUGAAGUUUGUCGAAAGAUCUGUACCCUCUAUUGCCAGAGUCGUUCUGUAAAGAGUUGUAUCAGCCAUUACCGAGUUUGGUGGCUUCUACUAAAGUCAAUGAUUGGUUUCAUGGUCUAGCUUGUGACAAAAAAUGCAACUGAAGAAUCUGCCAUGCUGUACUUUGUAUAGUAAAACUUCGCUCAGGGUGCUGUAUGAAUGGACAAACUAUAAAUAUGGUCGCCCCAUCCUGGAUUCGGUAGCACCCUGUGUAUGUAUAGCUACAGGGUAUGUACAAGUUUGAUCAAAAUUGGGGUAAAAUUCAUCCAAUAAUCGUUAAAACUGGCCUCGGAGUCGCCGUGUUAUCAUUUCAUGACCAUACAUUAUCACCCUUUUCCUGGCUGGAGAGGAUUUUUGAGCAAUUGGAUGCACCUCCUUGGGAAAAGUUUAAAAAUCACUCCAAAUUUGCAGUUGAACAAAAAGUGUCAGAAACAGUUGUCACAAAAAUAAGAAUGAAAAUUUUUUUUUUGGAUAAUUUCUAAAUUUUAUGGAAUUUUUCUACAGUGUUUUCUAGCCCAUCAGAUGGGUGCCGAGUGAUUUUUAGAUAUUUUCACAUAUAUACUCGAGUUGCACUAUGACAGAAAUCACCUUCAGUCAUUUAGGGGUUCUUGUAAAUAAAGCAUAGUUAGGAAAUUACGAAUUAUUUACGGAUCAUGUAAUUACAAAGAAUAUCGCGCAUAUUUUUCGUUGAAAUUUCUAGUUCACACCAGUUUUUUGUUUUUGAAUGUUUGUCUCAGUAAUAGGCUGCAGCAAUAGAGAAAAUGCACUGCAGCAAAAAUGCCUGGGCAUCUGAUCAAUUUAUAGGUGGCGCCACAUUCUUUGUACAUAAAACCUAUAAUAGAUCUGAAUCAUCUCAUUUUAUCAGAGUGGAGGUUUGGUGAGAGGGGGAUGGGGCAUAAGAAAGCCACAAGAUGUGCCUGUCAGUGGUGUAUUAAUCAGACCAUAGGGCUAUGCUUAUUGUCAAAAGAGGCCCAUUGAGGGUUUGAUUUAAAAUUCUGUUUGUCAUAGGACUGGACUGGUACUUAUGUUUAACACUGCGGGUAAUGGGAUGUUGACAUAUCAUUCCUUGUACUUAAUCACCAUUGUCAAAGGAACAAGAUUCAGAAUCAUUAUUGAGAAGAAGUUAUCUUUUUCUGGUUGUCGGAGAAAAGCCUAAAAUGUAGAACCACACCUUUCGGAAAAUUAAAGUCCGAUAAGGAACGCAGUAGAGAGUUAUUAUCCAACAUUACACUUAAACCCUAGUCCAUGCUGAAACCUUCCAGCAGACUUCAGAUGAGCUGCUCGGUCAACGUACUGACCUUAGCAUUUCUGACCUGUACCCAUUUAUUUAUACACCUGGAUGGAGUAAUGCAAGCGAGACAAUGAACUGCCUUGAGUCUCAGGCUGAGUGUGGGGUUUGUAUGAGGGAUUUCCUGAUCGUCAGCCUGGAGUAUGAGCCACUAGACCACACCAGCUCCUAUGGGAAAAACCAUUACUGUACUGUACAAACUUUGAUUUGUGGUUUCUUUGAAAAGAGUUCACACAGGCUUUAAACUUGCCAAAUCCUCCGUCUGCUCUCUCGCCAAGCUACAUAACACAGCUGCUACUACAAACAUCUCCAUAAUGUUUUUGUAUUCAUUGUGCGAAUGUCAUAUGAGACCUUAGUGAAUUUUAUACGCCUUUCUUAUCAUUUUAUACGAUGGAAAAACUGCCGGCAAGGCAUGGGGGUUGUUCUGAUCGCAGGGCCAUUUCUACAUCAUACUGGGUUGGAUAUAUAACCAAUAUAUCUUUGGCAUUUUGUAUGUAUACACGGAGGUCCCAUGGGAUAUUGGCAGGGUAUUUGGGAAUGAAGAAUGUUGCCAAGACUUGGAAUGUUCGAGACACAAUUGCAAAAAAAGAAGGAAAAAAAACAUGCAACCAUUUUUUAGGUAUCCGGACGUUUUUUUGGCAUUUGUAAAAUAUGGAUAUUAAGUUUUUGCCUCACUGGCCACCUUCAUUUUACCGAAAAGCAAAAAGGACGAAGCAAUUAAUUAUGCAAUAAUAAACUCCAUUAUUGGCAGCAUUCUUGAUUGAACCAUUUUCCCCAGUGUGUGUUUCAUUUGUCUCUCUGUAUAAACCAUGUAUUAUAUCGCAGUGUAUGUUGUUGUAUACAGGUGCGCUGUAGGUAUUUGCCGGUUUGAGAGAUUUCAUCAUCGUCGUGUAUCAUUGCAUGCCAUUUUUCUAUCAUAGACGCCUCUAAUCUUGUAUAAAAACUUUAAUACCUGAGCUCUGAGCCAGUUUAGACCUUUUGUCAUCUAUUGCUGCCGAUGGGCCGUGUGUCAGGUAUGCGAGUUAUCUUCUGCUGCUGACGGGCAAGCCGUUAGGUAUGAGGGUAGAGAUUGCAAUAAUUUGCAUCCAUAUCUGAAGACGGUCACAGCAACAGUUGAAAGGGCAAUUUUUCUAAGAUGAAAUGCAUUUACUCGUACGCCAACUUAAUAAUUAGUUUUAGUUGAAAGCUAUUUAGUGCACAUUUGUUUGCUCAUAUAUCGCUCCUGAAGGGCUGAACUAAACCACUUUUAUCUUAGUGCAGUAUAAACCAUUAGCCUGGAGUCCUCUGCAGGUACAGGAUAGAAUUUUUAAAUGUCAAAUGUUUAAUUGUAAUAUAAAUGGAAAAACCUGCAGUAUUGAGAAAAUUAUAACAUGGAUAAUGGAUUAAAACUGUGCAUUUGAGGAGUUGUUAAUGUAUUUUAAGAUUCAGAGAGGCUACAAACUAAUUGAACAUGGAACAGCCUAAGAUGAUUUUUUGCACUGAACUUGUUGUAUCCCUUGAUGAUAAAGCAAGUCAUUUCAAAUAUGUUGAGAGACAGAUUUGAAGACUUGUGACAAAAAUGAUCAGUAUUUCAAUGAAGACACUCUACCGGUGGAGAGCUGUGAUUAUUGAGGGUCAUCUGGUAUCGAGUAACUAAUGAUAAUGUGGGUUAAUAAGUUAGAACUAGUAGGUUUGGAGUCUGAAACAUCCUGAGAGUGGCCUUUUUAAUACCACUCAUGCUAUUGUACUCGAGAUAUCUUCUCUCAUCCAAGUGGAUCACGCAAAUCGCAAUACUGUGAAUGCGAUCAUUUCAUACUUGUCCUUAUAGAAAAACAGAAUUUACGAUGUGCACAGAAUUCAUCAUAAAUGAACCUAACCCAACUGGGCAAGUAAUAACUCUCAAUGAGCACAACUCCUCGAUUCUUUUCCUUCAUAUUCUAAUCAGUUCACAAACAGAAGUUACCAACAGAAAAGUUAUCAUUGUUUCUCCACAAAUGAAUCAUUGUGUUGGUGGGGAGAUUGACAGAUUUGGUCUGUUUUCGUUUCGUUGUGACUUUACUUCUAGUGUCCGUCCAAAACGUUAAGCAUUUAAUCCUCCUAUUUCAGCCGUUGUGCAUUACCAGAGCCUCCAAAACAAUUCUUUGGAGUCAUUUCCUUUAUUCAAAACAAAACAUUUGUGAACUGUUGAGAAAAUGAAUCAAUUUGCGACUUUAUAAUCUAUCCGCUAUUAAUCAUAUCCAUCUCACAUGUAAACACUGUAGAUAUGAAUUCUGACAUACAGGUACUAUUCAAUUUACAUUAAUUUGCAUUCGGCGAAUCAUUUUGACAUUUCCAUUGCAAGAGCAUCGAUCAGGCUUCAAAAGCAUCUAAUCCAUCUUUGAUUCCUUCAAAUAUCAUUGAAAUUAAUUAGACAUUAAUUAUAUCGUCUAUUGGUGAAAACUAAGGCCAAGCAGAAUGAAUGGUUGGUUUUCUAUCAAUUCAGAUAUUUCAUUGAGUUUUCUGAUGCUCGGUACAUUGUAUCUAAAAUUUCAGUUGGGGACAUUUUUGACAAUAUUUAAGGCCUACAGUCAAAAAUUUAUAAAGUUUUAUAUAUUUUUGAUAUUACAGUGCUGUAUGAGCAACAGUUAUUAGGUUUUGUCAGGUGAAGGCUUCCACAGGAGGUGGAUAAAAUCUAUUUGACAUCUGAUGACAAUAGAAAGCAGUUGUUUAUUUUGCCUGGCCUGCAACGUAUGAUUAUGCAGUGACACAUACUUACGAGUUAGCAACACUUAAUUAAUUACUGUGUGUAUCUUGCAUUAUAGAGAACCUCAUCCCAGGUGUCGAACAACACUUGGUCCAAGUUCCAAUAACUGUAAUACCGGAGCGAAGAUGAACAUAAUUGACCCUGGGACGAGGCUGAUCGGCAUCUCAUGAUGAUCAUUUUUUGUGCGUUUUGAUAUGUUUGUGUUUCAUGUACAAGCUGUCAUGUAGAUCUUAGGUACAUGUAGUAGCUAAUCAUUACUGAUCUUCCAAGCCCAGAUUUGAAAUAAAAUAUCAUAAACUUGA